AUCUCGAGAAGCGGCCCGUUGUCAUUCUCCCGUUCUCGUUCCUGAUCGCGUGAGCAUGGCAGAGUCACAGGCCUCGUCGUCCAAGGCGCCGCCGCCAGUAGCCGCUACAUCGGACAUCGGAGCCUCGGCAGAGCAGCUCAAGUCACUUCUCGCUGCCAGCGAUGUCCCCGACAUCCGGUCCCUAGUCGAGCAGCAUCUACAUCAGAAUUAUACCUCACGCGAAGCAGAGCGUCGCACCUUCCUCAGUAGCGCCCCAACCUACCUCUCCCUCCACAGCGACAUCCAGGCAAGCCUCUCCGCACUCGACUCCCUUUCGUCCUUCCUCACGACUUUCUCUGAUGACCUCGGGGCUGUCUCUCAUCAAAUUUCGACACUGAAGCAGCGUAGUGCUCACCUAGACGAGGAGCUGAGGAGGAAGCGAGAGCAGGAAGAGCCGUUAGCCCGGCUGCUGGAUAGGGGUCUGGUACUGAACCCGAAGGUCGUGGAGAAGAUCUUUGACAGCGAGCCUGAUCAGAGCUGGAAAGGAGCGAUCAGGGAGUUGGAGAGGAGUAUCGAGGCGAGCAGGAGGCCAUUGGAUCAAAUGGCGAACAGCAGGCCGAGUGCGGCGAGGAGGCCGAGUAGCGGACCCAUCCCGCCCACGGGGAGAAGGACAUCGACGACGGCGAGCAAUGGGCCUGACCCUACCUCCGACACAAGCCAGGAUGCCAGCCUAGCAGAAGCCGCCCGCAUCGCCGAAGCCUGCAAGGCCAUGGCCGCCAGCAAGCUGCGCAGCUACCUCAUCUCGCCCUUCCAGCUCAUGCGGACCUCGGUCACCACCAACCUCCAGGUCCUCCAGACAUCCGUAUUGAUCCCUCAUCACCAGCCGCUCUACGCCUUCCUCGCUCGUCAGAUGCCCCGCGUCGCAAUCGACGUGCAGAGGGCGUAUGUCACCGCUGCUAGGCUUUACUUUGAGACUGGUUUCAGGCGAUACGCGAGAAGUAUGGGACAGGUCCGCAAGCGUGGAGCCUCGCGCGGCGGUGGCGAUGUUGGGAGCAUCGUAGACACUUCCUCCUCCACGGGAUCAUCCUCAUUCGCUGCACUCGGCGGAUUCCUUGGUGGCUCUUCCUCCUCUUCAGAUCCCAAAGCCGCCGGCGCAGCAGAUCCCUACUUGAUUGAUCCCUCCCGCCUCUCCUAUGCUUCUCUUCCAGACGAGGAUGACGCCCCACCGACCAUCCUGGGCUACAUGGGCGAUGAUACCCAAUUUUCUGCCCCGCCAGAAGCGGUUUUGCGGAGCAUCAGCCUCGUCUUCUUCGACAAUGCUUGCUCAGAAUUCACGUUCCUCGUCAGGUACUUCGAGGCUCUGCAGACCGUCGGUGGUAGCCGGAGGAGGAAGGUACGGCCGAUGGGGCCGCUGAGGACGAGUAGUCGUACAGCAGGAGGGCAAAGGAGUCGGAGUGGAUCGACCACAACUGCAGGGGAUGGGGAUACAACCUUCACCUCCUCACGAGCAGAUGAGACAAUCGACGAGGAAGACAGCGAAGUCGACCCCUCUGAAUCUGCCUCUGUAGCUCAAGGUGUCGAAGACGAGCUUGUCGAAGAAGACGAGAUCGAUCACUCCAACGACCCAACCAAUCUCGUCCAACUCUCCAAGCGCGAACAAGCACUCCUCCAAGGUAGAGGGGCCUCUGCUGAGCUCUUCAGGAAGGUCUUUGAGCCUGUCGUCGGGACGUGGCUCAACUUCUGUCGGGCGGUACUGCACGGUAGCUCGACGAACACGAAGGCCGUCGCAUCUGCGUCAACACCGGCGUCAGGCGGUGGAGCAGGUGGUGGAGCAGGCCAAGCUGCGAGCGCAGCCCUCGGUGGCGCCUCUACCUCGUACCCGCCGCUCGGCCUCAUGCCCCUCCUUAUCUCUCUGCGCCUUAUAGACCGGCUCCUCGCCCUCGCAGAAGAAAGAGGAGCAGGCGCAGUGCUUACUGGUCCCUUGUUGCAGUUCAAGAUGGAAGCCUGGCCUUUGGCGCAGAGGAGGUUCACGAGCGAGAUAGACGCAGUGGCACGUCUUGCCGGCGCUGGUGCUGCAUCAUCUUCAGCAGGGUCAGGAUGGUUCUCCAGCUUUGGCCUGGGAGGCAGUAGCGGUGCUGCAGGAGAAGUCAAGCCCCUUCCCGACUCUACAGUUGUCCUCAUCGCGGGACGUUACGCUGCCCUCUUCUCGCAGGUGGCUGCAUUGGUUUCCGUGCCUCUGUCUUCACAGCAGCGUCAGACUGCGGCCGCAGCAGAGCCCGAUGAGUCUAUGGACUCGACGAUCACGACGACGACGACGACAGCGAACGGCGCUGGGCAAGAACAACAAGACCCCUCAAGCACGAUGCUCUCCUCUUCCCUGGUCAGGCUACGCACCGCGCUGGUGGACGUCGUGGUAUCGCAGAGCAAGCUCGCAGCUCCCACUUCGUCGACAACGGCCGCAGCGCCGAGCAGCGCUGGCUCAAGGAAACAGAGGCUCGUCGAAAGCGUGGUGCGAAGGGUGCGCGAGGAGCUUGAAGGCACCGCUGCGAACGCUGGUGAGGGCGCAAAGCUUCUGCACAAGGGGAGAGCCUCGAGUAGGACGAUGCGUGAGGUCAGCUGGUGGAGGGAGUGGGAGAGAGGACAGCUCAGUGGGCCAUAGAUGUCAUGUCAGGCGAGGGGAUCGCGGGAUGUGAAUGAUAUUGCAUUUCGCAAAAAGAGCAACGACAGCAUA